AUGGCGUCGUAUCUAGUGACCGGCUCUUCUCGAGGGCUCGGAUUGGCGCUGAUCACCCGUCUAGCAACAUUGCCUAAAACCGAGGUGGGGACAAUCAUCGCCACCGCGCGCCAGGACAAUUCUGCUCGACUGAAGGAAAUUUCAAGUGCAUCAGCAGGACGAGUGCAGAUAGUUAAGUUAGAUGUCACCAAUGAAUCCAGCAUGAAAGAGGCUGUGGCGGCAGUGGAGCGCCAGUUGCAAGGGAAAGGGCUUGACUAUUUGGUCAACAACGCGGGAGUGAGUGACUGGUCCCCAACCGGACUGGAAGGAAUGGACAAUCUGAAUGAGACGUUCAAUGUCAAUGUUACUGGGCCGCAUCUUGCAUCGCGCGCUUUCCUACCACUUCUGCGCAAAGGCGAGAAGAAAACAGUGAUCAACAUAUCAACUACUUUAGGCUCCAUGGCUAUGGCUGAUGCGUUUCGACCUCUGCCGUCACCGGCAUAUAAGAUCUCAAAGGCCGCCUUGAACAUGCUCACUGUACAAUAUGCACAGCAAUAUGCAGCUGAUGGCUUCACCUUUCUUGCGAUCAGUCCUGGUUGGCUUCGCACCGACCUUGGUAGCAAGCGAGCAGAUCUUCCGGUUGAAGUCGGUGCCGAGAAGGUCCUGGAUAUCAUACAAAAGGCAACGCCGGAGCAGAAUGGAAAAUUUGUGAACAUACAUGUCCCUGGAUGGGAGAAGCGAGAGGGCUCAAAUCAGUAUGAUGGCAAGGAGAUCCCUUGGUGA